AUGUUUCUAUUGGUUACUGCUGGAAGACUUGGUACAGGAAGCAUAAAAGAGAUGCUAGGAAACAGAUGGCUUUGGCUGUUCUUUGGCACUAGGCGGUAUGCUCGGAAACAAGGCUCUUUGGCACCAGGUGGUCCCAUGGAGCCGGUGAUUCGUCCAGGCCCAGUUGAUCCAUCUGUUCUACGCUUGCAGACUUCCCAUAGGAGCCACGAUGUUUGGAGUGGCGUAGCUGAUAGAGUUCUCUCAGUUAGGGAGCAUAUGGUCAGCGUGGGACGUGAGUGGAGGGUAGAUGGCGGAGUACUAGAGUACGUUAGGCUUGCUGGGUUUUACGGUGUACAUAGGAUUUUGGGAGGAGGGUUUUUGCUUGAUCGAUCUCUUCUUACGGCGUUGGUUGAGAGGUGGAGGCAGGAGACACAUACUUUCCACCUAGUGGUAGGUGAGGCCACCAUUACUUUACAGGAUGUCUCCGUCCUGUUAGGUCUGAGAGUGCACGGCCCUCCUGUCAUUGGACCUCCAUUUGAGGGAUGGCAUGACCUAGUUGAGGAGUUGCUGGGAGUUCGACCUGGCCAUGAUGAUAACGGUAAGCCGUUUCUGGAGGGAUCUACUUUGAAGUUGACGUGGCUCAGACGUCACUUCUCACAGAUGCCAGAGGGAGCUGAUGACUUGACAGUUCAGCGCCAUAGCCGUGCUUACAUUCUCACUCUCAUGGGAUCUAUUCUGUUCGCCGACAAGAGUGGCGAUGCUGUGUCACUCUACUACUUGCCGUUCCUUCGAGACUGGGGGACAGCUUCGACCUACAGCUAG